CGAUAACACUUUACGAAUUACACAGCACGGCAACCUGAGCGAACAACCCCCCGCUGCCACUAACGAAUAGCUCACCCAAAAACAAGAACACCCUACGACGAUCAACAUGUCUGACAGCGGAGAAGUCGAGGUCGCCCCGGCCAAUUACUCCGUUUUGCCCAGGGAAGUUACCGAUGAGAUUGGAAGCACCAAAUUGUUCAAUAAGUGGAGCUACGAUGAUGUCGAGAUUAGGGAUAUUUCUUUGACCGAUUACAUGAGUAUCCGUACCCCCGUCUAUCUCUCCCACUCUGCCGGCCGUUAUGCAGUAAAGCGAUUUCGCAAGGCUCAAUGCCCAAUCAUCGAGCGUCUUACCAACUCCCUAAUGAUGAACGGUCGUAACAAUGGAAAGAAACUCAUGGCUGUCCGCAUCGUCGACCACGCCUUCUCUAUCAUCCAUCUCACCACGGACCAGAACCCCAUCCAGGUUGCAAUCGAUGCCAUUGCCAACUGCGGCCCCCGUGAGGACUCCACCCGUAUCGGAUCCGCCGGUACUGUUCGCAGGCAGGCCGUCGAUGUUUCUCCCCUUCGUCGAGUCAACCAGGCUAUCGCCCUUCUUACCAUUGGUGCUCGUGAGGCCAGCUUCAGGAAUGUCAAGAGCAUUGCCGAAUGCUUAGCCGAGGAGCUGAUCAAUGCUGCCAAGGGGUCAUCUAACUCUUAUGCCAUCAAGAAGAAGGACGAGCUAGAACGUGUCGCCAAAUCCAACCGUUAAUCUGGGCAUUUCUGGGGUCAUGCGGGGGUUCUUCUUUCAAAUAAAAUAAAAAGUUCAUUCAUUUCGUGCGGUAAAACUAAACCCGGGAUAUUGCGGACAGGUAUGUCUUAUCAUCCGGGUUACCUUUUAGCUGGUAUGGGAAUAGCUAGAGGUGGCGUGACGUAUCUAUAAUGAUGUGAUUAACAAUGAUAAAAAUCAUCAAAACAUUCUCCUUUUCUGGGCAUCUGGGGGCUGGUCGCUUUUCCUUUUCCUCUACAAGUCACCUUUGUGUAUAGUUUCUGUUUCCUAGUUCCCCCUAGUAUCCGUCUACAGAUGCGGUAUCAAAGUUAAAAUUUGAGUUCCUUGGGUCUGAUGUAUCAACUA